UCGAGAACACAACAAGGAAAUUAUUGAUUCCAAAGAGGCUUGCUCUUAGAUCGAUAUAUAUAGUAAGUUAGUACUGCACAGUAGUGCAUUGGAUGUGUUCUGCGGGACGAAAUAGUGUGCUUACAAAAGUGUGUUGACACAACUUGGUACUGAUGCAGUGUAGGCCUACCGAGUUCCAUCUUGAAUGCAUAAUGAUGCCCUACAUCCUAGUGAGAAGGUGAAAUAAUGCUCGGGCGGGAGAAUGUGCGAAGUCCGGCCAAACCAGCUCAUUUUCCUGUUCCUCGUCGGCGCGGUCGUCCUGUCCUGUCUCUUCGAGAGGUUCGGCCUGAUGUUGCGGACGAUGACCCCGAUGCACGUGGCUCAGCGGACUCCGCAAGCCAAGGGACCGACGGGCCGGAGGUUGGAGUCCGUACAUCGUAGACCGGCACUCGCUUCCCGCACCGUACUGGUUAGAUCACGGUCCGCAAUCCCGAGAUCGCAAUUUCUCAAUGAGCUCCAGGGGGCGGCGACUCUCGCUCGUGAUCAUUCGACCUGUGACGGCAGUGAUCCUCAGGUCAACCUGGUCUUCGUCAAGACCCACAAGACCGGCAGCACCACCCUCUCCCACAUCAUCAACCGAUUUGGCUACACUCGAGGCCUGUCCUUCGCCAUCAACAAGAAGAGCGUGCACAACGGCCACCUUGGCUACAUCCCUCUCGGCAAAGACAGUCCUCGUGAAACCUUCCUGCCGCCCAUCGGCGUCUCCAAGUACGCCAUCACCAAGUUCAAAUACAACCUCAUGACCGUCCACGUGCGUUACGACCGGGCAGCCAUCGAUUCCUUUAUGAAGUCACCGACCCGCUAUGUGACCAUACUCCGAGACCCCGGCUUCCAGUUCGAGUCUGCUUUCUCGCAUUUCCAGUUCGACGACGCCUUCCUCACUCAGGAGAAAAAAGUCUACUCCACGGCGACGUCCAGGCUGGCCCGCUUCCUGGAUGCGGCUAGUUUCUACCGGGAGAGACUCAAGCAUCUGAAUUGGGAAGGUCAGAAGGGCCUGCGAUGGUACUACGCCAAGAACAACCAGAUGUACGACCUUGGAUUGGACCACACUUACCACACUGACCAAGAGGUGGUGGAUGCUUACAUCCGGAAGUUGGAAGCCGAAUUGGACCUGGUGCUGAUCACUGAGUACUACGACGAGUCGCUGCUGCUCCUCAAAUCCAUGAUGUGCUGGGACACGGACGAUGUCCUGUACGUGGCCAAGAACAUGCGGCCUCCGACCUCUGCGGAUACCGUGCCGGAGUCGCUGCGCGCCCGGAUGCGGAAGUGGAACGCCGUGGACGCGAAACUGCACGCACACUUCAACCGAUCCCUGUGGGAAAGGAUCGAGCGGUACGGGCCAGCGUUCCAAUCCGACCUUGCCAAAUUUCGCGAGGAACUCGAAAGCGUCUUCCAAAGCUGCGUCGGGGACCUGAAGAUCUCAAGUCAGGGGAGGUUCAGGUACUCUAAUUACCGAGUGAGAGCGGGCUCGGGGGUCAACUGCACUCUGAUUGCGGAGUCGAAAUCGAGUCUCUUCUCCUCUAUAUGGGGGCAACAAGCCCAACGCAGAAGCAUCAAUUAAUUCCAGUUUCUGAUGCAAGAAGGACAACGUUGUCGAAACAUCGACGGAUUCAGGAAUACAUAAUUGUAUAAGUUUCAAACCGAGAAGUCAAUUAUGGACACUUAUAUAGCGCUUUUAACUAACAUCAAAGCGCGUACAUCUUACUUACCCUGCAGAGAAGGCCAAUGACGCAUUCCAUUCCAAGUGACAAGCUCAGCGCCCUGGGGAGUAUAUAGGCCUAUAGCUCGAUGCUUUAUAGCCAUUUCGGCACAAAUAGGCCAUAAAAUCAAUCACAGUAACCAUCUCUGCCCUCACAGGUACCCACUGUGGGGAGGAUCAAUGAGUGGCAAAGUAUCUUGCGCGAUGGCACACGCAUGCACCACAGUAACCCCAGGCUGCUCUCGAACCCACAAUUACCUGCAGAAUUACCUGCAUGACAUCAAUGAUCCAGACCAGGAGGCCGGGGUACUCCACAAUGAUUUUUCUCAUCCACGAUAAAAGUCGUGAUCAAUAGAAAAUCGAGGAGAUGCAUAGUCACGAUCCUGUCAUAUUGUCUUAAUUGCUACUCGUUUUGAUCCUGCAUUAUGGUCAUACAUGACUCAGUGACAAUAUUAUAUUGUGUACAAUUUUCUCUUCAAUGUGACAUCCGCAUUGAAUGCAGCGCUUUUCUUAAAAAAAAACAAACUGAACAAAUGUUUUCAGCUUGUAAGAUACACGUACGAUGAAAAAUAUAAAGCACCUUUGUAUAGGCCCACAUUUUUGUGGACUCGAUCUGAGCAAAACAUUCACAUUUUUGAGAAGCAAUUAAUGAACGACUUUGUAAAUACUGUACAGUAAAGUCAUAAAACAGAAGAAGAAAACACGUACUUAGGGGUGCUACUUUCUGUUAAUUUGGGUUAAUUAACAUGCUCAUCGGGGUAUGAUCACGUCCGGUGGAUCACGUCCUGAUUGGAUACCCAAAUUGGCUAGUAAUGGAUUUUUAUCGUG